AUGUAUCAGCCAAUCGCCUUGCAGCAGAGAGGAAGCAUCAGCCAAUCAUGUUGUAGCAUGAACGCCAAUGUGGAGAAUUUGCCCCCUCACGUUCUUCGCUUGGUGUACAAAGAAGUUUCCGCUUUAGCUGCAGACCCUCCAGAAGGCAUCAAGAUCUACCCCAGUGAUGAAGACAUAACCGAACUUCACACAGCCAUAGAAGGACCCGAGGGAACCCCGUUCGCUGGCGGCGUGUUCCGAAUGCGUCUAGUCCUCGGGAAGGACUUCCCCGCUGUUCCGCCCAAGGGGUAUUUUCUGACCAAGAUUUUCCACCCCAACGUGGGCCACAAAGGCGAGAUCUGUGUCAACGUUUUGAAAAGGGAUUGGAAAGCAGAACUGGGGCUCAGACACGUUUUGCUCACAAUCAAAUGUCUCCUCAUCCACCCUAACCCGGAGUCGGCCCUCAACGAGGAAGCGGGUCGCCUGCUCCUGGAGGACUAUACGGAAUACGAAGCCCGCGCCCGCCUCAUCACCGAAAUCCACGCCAUGACGGUACCCGGCAGCUCUUCGGGGGCCUCGCAGGAACCCAGCGACGGACCUCAGCCCAAGAAGCAUGCGGGCGAUCUCGCCAAGAGGGCGGGAGCCGGCGCGGCCGCCGUGCCCGCCGCUCUCGGAAACGGCGCCAGCGGCAGCGGCAGCAGCAGCAGUAGUAGUAGUAGCUCCACCAAUAACAUCGCAGUGAAAAAGAAAGCAGAUAAAAAGCGUGCAUUGAGGCGACUUUAA